AUGCGACCAUCACAUCGAUUAGAAGUUGUUCUACAGUGCGCCAGCAGGUCUUUCGCAACUCAGAUUCCGCUGGCUCCCUCACCGCGUAUCCUCGCACACCUUGCUCGGCGGGCUGGGGCAUCCAUUCCUUCAAUGGCCCUAGUCGAGGUGCCAAAUCCCCGUAGUCCACCCCUCGAAGUCAAGAAAGCAAUGGAAGAACCUCCUUCAGUGAUGGUCACGCCGUGUGACCCUUGGCCUCGGCCAUACUACCUUGAGAACGGAUUACGACGCGUGGCGCCCUACCACUACACAUACAAUACCUACUGCAAGGAGCGAUGGCGGGGACGGGGAUUAUUGGAUAUUUUCGCGAGCGAAUUCCGAGAUAGACCAUUAGAAUACUACAAAGAUGCAAUAGAACGUGGAAAUGUCGUUAUCAAUGGCAAACCUGUACCGACACUGAACCAUAUUGUGAAGAAUGGAGAUGUUAUAUCGCAUACAUUACAUCGGCACGAGCCCCCGGUCACAGCACUCCCAAUAUCAGUGCUACACGAAGACGAUGACAUGAUCGUUAUCAACAAGCCCUCAGGUGUUCCAGUCCACCCAGCCGGCCGUUAUAAUUAUAACUCUGUAGUUGAGAUCAUGCGGGCAGAAAGAGGACACGGUUGGAACCCACUACCAUGCAAUAGACUUGAUAGAUUGACCAGUGGUGUCAUGUUUAUUGGCAAAAAUCCGAAGGCAGCAGAGAAGCUCAGUCUACAAAUUCAAGGGCGGACGGUCAGGAAAGAGUACAUUGCCCGAGUCCGGGGAGAAUUUCCAGAUACAGAAGUUGUGUGCGAUAUGCCCAUCUUACAGGUAUCUCCCAAGCUUGGAUUGAACCGCGUUCGUGCAAAUGGGAAAGCCGCUCGCACAGUCUUCAAGAAACUGGCUUACUAUCCGCCUGUGACCAAGCCCGUCGCAGAUGAACCUGCUAGUAGCGAAACCCCAAUACACGAGGAUAAUCCUAAAGAUGAAGGAUAUUCGAUUGUGAGGUGUCUCCCUGUGACAGGAAGAACCCAUCAAUUGCGCGUUCAUCUUCAAUUUUUGGGCCAUCCAAUUGUCAAUGAUCCGAUUUAUGCAAACCGACGAGUAUGGGGCACGAACUUGGGAGCCAAUGAUGGAGAUGGUUCGCAAGAUACUGAUGAGGACAUCAUUACCCGGCUUUCGCGUAUGGGGAAGUCUGAAGUUGCGGAUGCAGUGGCAUACCACGAUGAGAUGGUUGAUCAGUAUGAGAAGAAGAAGGCGGAAAAGAUGUCGGGAGAGCUAUGUGAACUCUGCCAAACACCGCUCUACACGGACCCUGGUGAACAAGAACUUUCACUGUGGCUCCACAGCCUACGUUACGAAGAUGCUGGCGGAGCUUGGAGCUAUGUCAGCCCCCUCCCUGCAUGGGCCAUGCCCCCAGAUGGCGUGGAUGGUCCUACGGAAGUGGGUGGGAUGGAGGCUCUGGUAGAGGCGGUGAAAGAAGAGAACCCUGAAAUCGCAUAG